AUGUUUAGGAAACGUUACAGACCCCUUGACCCUGCGGAGGAACGCUCUGUGGGUGUCGAGCAGGCGCUUCAUGUUGGUUUUCUGAGGGAUGAACAGUCGUAUUGCUUCAGGUGGCCGGAUGCCCCGCUUACGGCGAUGCUGCGGCGGUCGGACGAUUCCCUAGUUCUAGGCAUGCAGAGUGGCUCCGGUUCCGGCACUCAGAACGCCGUUGUACUUCCUCCUGUACCAAGGUUGAGUGCCGUGUUAGCUGAACACGACAAAGCUGAAUUGUUUAGUUCCCUCUCUACCAACAAUACAGCUAUUUCGUUUUCAGCCGAUUCCUCUUCGGCAAGUGGCAUCGUGCUAAAUCGAGGGAAGCGGCAGUUCUCGGCACCGGCGUCGACUUGUGUCGACGAUAGCGUGUUCUCUUUCAGUUCUUUCCAAAUGAAAGAGUUGGAAUCAUCGGGUGCUUUAAAGGCUUUCUAUGAAGCUCAUGCAUUCUCAACAGUUUCCGCUACGGGUGAUGGAUGUGACAAGGUGCUAAAGGUUCUGGCAAGACGGAGAAUGGAGGAGGAAAUAGUACGUUUGGAGUGGCGUGCGUAUUAUGAAACGGAAAAGGUAUCUCCCGCAAUACAACGAAUUUUGCUUCUAACAGUGGCGGUGCCCUUCCUUGAUAACUUCGAAAGCAGCGUACUAGCCUCUACCGAAGGUGAGGCAAAGUGGCAGCGGAUUAUUUACGAACUAUGGGUAAAAUGGCGGAUUGGAUCCGUGAAGGCCGGAGAAGUAGCAACUGCAUCUGAUGGUACCCCGUGGGGGGCGCCAUUGUUACCCGGCUCUUUUGUAUCCUCCCUUUCAAGAGAGUACUUCACAACUGUGGGCCCGGACCGCAGUGGUGCACUUAGGGGAGUUAGGGCUAACGAUGCUAAGGGUGCUGAUGGCGAAGGCUGUCAAGUGCUCUCUUCGGCAGCAGUGGGACGCCGAGGUGCGUACGGAUAUCUUAGAUGGCGCAUUGAUCUCUACGAACCUCGACUGCGCGCGGUGCCUAAAGAGGGCGAUGAUGAGUAUGGGUUGAGUAGUUCCACCAAACUUGUGGGGGCUGCCGAAGUGAAUAAUAUUGUUGAAGAAAAAGUUCCAUCAGUCCUGUGUGAUGUGAGGCUUGGUGGGCGUGUUGACCCUCUCGACGCGCUGGCAUUAACCGACAUCCGCAGCGAUGUGGGGACUUGGAGACAGUGGCUUGCUCAUGUGUGA